AUGGCGGCAACAAUGCAUAAACAGCCUCCCAUGCUUCUGAAUUCUGUCAGGUUAUCGGCGCGCGGGAUAUGGACAUAUGUCAAGACAAAGGAUAGAGCCGGACAAAGAUAUCUCUCCUCCAAACUAUACAGCGUCGCGGAGGAUCGGGUUUACAAUCAUCAACUCCAGAAGCCGAAACGGAUGGCAACUAUGCAUAAACAGCCUCCGGUGCUUUUGAAUUCUGUCAGGUUUAUACCAAAUUGGCCUGAUACAAACAUAUCUCAAGACAUCACGGAGGAUGAAGCAGGGAACAGGGGAUACUUUGGUUCCUCUCAUGGCUGGUUGGUUAUGUAUAAUAUCCGAUCCGAAAAGUUGUUUUUGUCGUGUAAUCCUUCCACUCGCCCUGAGGAUUUUGUUGUUGGUGCAAUUUGUCGGAAAGAAGACCACAAAACUUUAGCCUUUAGCAAGGAAACAGUAGUUGACAAGGAUGAUGAUGAGUUCACAUGGGUUUCAACUUCCGAGAGUUGGAAAAUGACAGACUCCAUAUUUUGGGCCGAUGAUUAUUAUCGGCACAAGUUCGCUUGUGCAUCUCUUGUUCCCGACUCCAAUCAGAAUCCCAUUUUUGCAUCCUGCAGAUCCCUAACCAGCUAUCAUCCUAGCUUAUAUCAGCAGCCCGAAGGGACACAACACACGGAAGAUGUUGAGUUAUACCGCCUCUCCCACAUUGGGAUGUUCGGCAUGAGGGAUGAGACAUUUAGGAGGGUUUUCGUUGGAUCACAGAAAAUCACUAGCCUUGAUGAGAAGGCACAUCCCGAGAAGAAAUAUCAACCAACUAUUGGAGUUGAAGUUCAUCCAUUGGACUUCCCCAACUGUGGGAAGAUCCGGUUCUACUGCAGGGACACUGCUGGACAGGAGAAGUUUUGUGGCCUUAGGGAUGGAUACUACAUUCAAGGUAGAUGUGAAGAACCGGCAAGUCAAGGCCAAGCAAGUUACUUCCAUCGCAAGAAGAACCUGCAGUACUAUGAGGUAUCUGCCAAGAGCAGUUACAACUUUGAGAAGCCCUGCCUGUAUAUUGCUAGGAAGCUUGCUGGGGAUCCCAACUUCCAUUUUGUGGAGAUGCCUGCUCUUGCUCCACCUGAGGUGCAGAUCGACCAUGCUGUACAGCAACAGCAUGAAGCUGAAGUUGUAGCAGCUACCAGUCAGCCCCUUCCUGAUGAUGAUGCAUCUGAUUAA